UCGAUGGGGAAAUUUCUUUGGUGGUUCUUUUUAAAGUUGUGGCAGAAGAAACUUGUUCUUCGCCCUGUUUUCAUUUUCAUCAUUUCACUGCCAACCAACUUGGUUAUAAAACUUGCUUCGCCCAGAUUUACUCUUUUACUAAAAUCGAGAAAAAUCUUGAAAAUGUCACAAGCUGCAAAAAACCGGCCAGCUGAUUGCUAGACUGCAGAGGAGAAACUGCAUCAAAUUCGAUCAACCUCAUUUAAACUGAGUAGGCAAUUAGAAAGGCGUUCGUGAUGGUAGACAACAAUGUUAAUGAUCACUCCGUCGUGGAGAUUACGGAUGAGGACAGAGAUGUGAUUGCACGAAUCAAUGUGGAUUCGGAAGCAUCGCGUGACCGUAAAAAUCAAGUGGAAUUGACAGUAUCAUCUCUUCGAGGAAAGCUUCACCGGCAGCCUCCAUUCCCAGCUUGUAGCUGCAUAUUUCGAGUCCCUAAAGUACUACGCAGGCAUAACGAAAAAGCUUUUGUUCCAAAUUUGGUUUCAAUAGGGCCUUUUCACCACGGAGAAGAGAACUUGCGAGUGAUGGAAGAAAUCAAACGGUGGUACUUACAUUCCCUACUUGCAAAACCAACUCCGGAGACCAGCUUGGAGUGCAUUGUCGAGGCCAUAGGACGCAUAGAACAACAAUGUCGCGAUUGCUAUGGUGAAAAAUUGGACAUUUAUAGUGGAAAAUUUGUGGAAAUGAUGGUGCUUGAUGGUUGCUUUAUUAUUGAACUCCUCCGCAGGUAUAACGGACUCGUACUCUGGGACGAUAAUGAUCCCUUGGAGUAUACCUCUUGGAUGCUCAAGGUACUUCAAAACGACUUGUUUCUACUCGAAAACCAGCUUCCUUGGAAUGUUCUUGAAUGUCUAUUCGACCUCACCAAAGUAAAUGAUGACCAUUCUCUACUUAAGCUUGCUCUUAAAUUCUUUGAGUCGUCCGUAUUCAACCAGACUCCACAGAUCAAAGAAGGAGUGCAAACUAAACAUUUACUUGAUGCCGUAAGAGAGUCUUUAAUUUCCUUGCACAAGCCGCAAUCGACAGGGACGAGUUAUUGGGAAACUAUACCAACUGUCACGGAACUUCUACAAGCUGGUGUCAAAUUCAAGAGUAAAAGCAGGAAGUGGAACAACAUGCUUGACAUAACCUUCAAAAACGGAGUUAUGGAAAUUCCACCAAUAGACAUUGAAUCCAAUGCAGAGUCUCUAUUCAGAAACCUCAUCGCAUAUGAACAGUGUGAGCCAGACAUCGCGAUUUGUAAUAUUACUUCUUACGCCGUGAUCUUGGAUAACCUUAUUAAGUCUAGCAAAGACGCGGAGUUUCUUAUUCAGAAACGAAUUAUAACUACCAUAUUGAGCAAAGAGGACCUCGCCUGCUUCUUCAACGGCCUCUACAAGGACACCAUUCCCAGCCAUUUCUCUUAUGUGGAGCUCACCAAGAAUGUCAAGCAGUAUUAUAACCAUCGCUGGAACAGAUGGCGAACAAUUCUCAGCCGCGAUUAUUUCAGCAAUCCAUGGACAAUCAUGUCAGUUGUUGCUGCACUCGCGAUCCUAGUUUUAACCUUCUUACAAACCUUAUAUUCCAUGCUGUCUUACUAUUAGCUAAGCCUCCGGUUUAAACCAUGCAAUUGCGUGCUUUUUUUUUCCAUGUCUUUUAUGAAGUUACUAAAUAAAUGAUCAUGUCUUGUAUCAUUGUAUGUAUGAAUCGGGAUUGUUAUAAAAUCGAACCUUUCCUUGAUA